AUGCUCAAGAUGGACAAGCAGUUUCUGCUACAUUUCGAGACGGGGCCCCAGGGAAUGGUUCACUUGUUUUGGGAGUCGGCACAGGUCUGGAAGAAGGCCAAGGAAGCCCAGCCCCCGACGGUGGACAAAUCGUUGCGCGUAACCUUGAUUCUGUGCAUGAUGAUGGAGCUAGAAGGCCGCUUGACGAAGAUGCUUGCACACGAGCCGACCAAGGACAACAUGAUCAAGCAUGGUUGGCUCACCACUCUCCUCGGGCAGCCAGCUUGGCCAUACAUGAUUUGGACGGGGGAGAAGUUGGAACUCGACUCCACCAAAGCGGCGAUCCCUCACAGCGAGAUGACGGAGAUCAUAAAGGAGAUCAAGCAGGCGCUCUUCGACAAGUCCGAAGAACUGGUGCACAAGUUCCACAGCGUGCGCCCGUUGGCGGAGCAGAUGGAGGGCGACACAUUACCUUUUCUCUUGUCAAUCAGCACGAGAGGGGCUCUGGCGGAUCGGACGUUCGAGCUUUUUCGAAAGCUGGAGGGCAACACGGUUCUAAGGGUCGUGGGUGAGUUCGUGACCAAGACGCAGAGGCAGGUCCUUGGAGUGCGGUGCUACGGCACGGGGCGCAAAGCUUGCAGCCUAGAGCUGCCGUGUGACACACGUAGGCUUACGCCAGGCGACCUUCAGGACGCUGCGCAGUCAAAAAGCCAAGUGAAUCUCACUAAUGCCAGCGUGGAGACCAUUUCGCCUCAUGGUGUGGACACCAUUGUUGCUGGGAUUUGCCGGCGCAUCACCUCGAGGCCUGAGCAGGCUGAGCCUGAGGAGCUGGUGGCAUGCACAGUGGACCUCAGAAAAGCCUAUAAGCAACUUCCGGUUUCGCUCGAGUCGCUGAACGAUUGGGUUGUCCUGUUGCAGCUCCACUGGAGCUGCUACUUUGACGACUUUUUCUUGGUGGCAGCGCAGUCGGAGGCAGAGCAUGUGCAUUUGAUUCAACGGGGUUUCUUUGACUUGCUUGGCUGGUCUACGUCGUCCGAAAAGGUCUUUGGCAGGCGUGCCCGGCAGGUCUUCUCUGUCCUGUCCAAAGCCUGCUCUUGUAAGAAGAAUGUCAAAAUAACUGGUGAGCUGCUGCACGCGCUUCUGUUCUUCCGUGAUCACAUCGUGAAUGGUGAGCCAAGGCGUGUCAGUGCUUGCAAGAGGGAAAAGCUGACCCUCUUCACUGACGCCUCCUUUGGAAGCGAAGGUUCAGGACUUGGUGGGAUCCUUUACGAUUCAGCUGCCAAGCCUCUCAAGUGGUUUGCUGAGUGGAUUGAUCCUUGUGACCUUGUCCCCUUCGGCUCUGAUGCUAAGGAGGGUUUGAUUUAUGAGUUGGAGAUCUUCGCAGCAGUGCAAGGUGUCGUGGACUUGCUCAAAGGCAAGUCGAACAUUGACCUAGUGCUGUUUGUGGACAACGAGUCCGCUUUGUCAUGCUUGAUAAGUGGCCGCGCAGAAGGCAUUGCAGCUUGCAUACUUCAGAAGCUUGUCUGCUUCGAGGAAGAGAACGAUAUCAACAUUUGGUGUGAGUGGGGGCGCAAGAUCCGCAGAAAAUUUCGACUUGUCCUUUGUGGAAACUUCGCACAGCCUGAGGGAGAUCCCAGUGAGUUGUACGCCGGUGGGGCCAGUGCGUACACGGUCAGACUUGCUUUGACAUUUGGAGCUCGACGCUUUUGGAGCGGGGGAACUUCAGAUGAGACGGGGGCUUUCCUCUUAGUGGAGUGGCCAGAGAAUUUGGCUCGCUAUGCGAUCUUCCCCCCCAAGAUCCUGGUGGAAGCAGGUUUGGCUAGUGCGCUGGAUGGCUGGGAGGUCAUCCGACCUCUUUAUGGACUGCGAGAAUCGCCUUCCAUAUGGGCGAAGUGGAGGACCAGCAAGCUUCAGAAGGCGAGGAGUGGCCUUGAUCUCAACUUGAAUGGGCCGAUGAUGAAAAUGGCACGCGGUACCUUGGAAUUUCUCAGGAGCUACGGCAUGGAAGAGGCCUUGGAAACGAAACUUCCGUAUCCCAAGGAAUGGCUCAACGAAAUCGAGGAGGAGGGCAUGGAGAACUUCUCCGUUGAGGAGCUCAAGGCUGCACAGCGUAUCGUUGGUGAGCAUUUGUGGCUAACGAUGAGGUGCCGACCUGAUUUACAGUACCCCGUGAUGGAUAUGGCUUCCCGGGUGAGCAAGCAGCCCAACAAGGUGAUGCAAGUUGGACGUCGGCUGUUGAGUUACUUGAAGGCUACGCAGUCCAUGAAGCUUGUGUUUGGGAGUUGA